AUGGCCGAUCUCCUGUACCAAUCCAUCAUACUCUCCGUCGUCGCGGUGGUGCUACUCCAGGUCCUCAAGCUCCGCGUCCGGCCGAGGGCGAGGACGCCGCCGGGCCCGUGGAGGCUGCCGGUCAUCGGCAGCAUGCACCACCUCCUGAACGUGCUCCCGCACCGCGCCCUCAGGGACCUGGCGGCUGUGCACGGCCCGCUCAUGAUGCUCCAGCUAGGGCAGACCCCUCUGGUGGUGGUGUCGUCGCGGGAGAUGGCCCGCGAGGUGCUCAGGACGCACGACGCCAGCUUCGCCACCCGCCCCAAGCUCCUCGUCGGCGAGGUCGUCCUCUACAGCUACACCGACAUCCUCUUCUCGCCCUCCGGCACCUACUGGCGCAAGCUCCGGCAGCUCUGCGCCGCCGAGAUACUCAGCCCGAGCCGCGUCCUCUCCUUCCGCCACAUCAGGGAGCAGGAGGUGAAGAAUCAGGUAGAAGACAUCCAUGGGGUCGGGCCAUCGACGCCGGUGGACGCCACCGCGAUUUUCUCCGGCCUAGCAAUCAGCAUCAUCUCCCGCGCGUCCUUCGGGAACAAGCAGAGGAACGCACGGGAGUUCCUGUCGGCGGUCAAGACCGGGGUCACGCUCGCCAGCGGCUUCAAGAUCCCCGACCUCUUCCCGGCAUGGCGGUCCGUGCUCGCCAGGGCGACCGGCAUGCGCCGCGCCUUGGAGGACGUCCACGGGACGAUCGACUCAAGCCUGGACGAGGUCAUAGCAGAGAGGAAAUGCGUCCGGCAGGACAAGGCCAGGUCCGGCGGCGCGCCGGCCGCCGUCGAGGAGAACCUCGUCGACGUUCUCAUCGGCCUGCAGGAGAAAGGCGGGCCGCUGCACCGCCUGAGCACCAACAGCAUCAAGGGCGUCAUAGUCGACAUGUUCGUGGCCGGGACCGGCACGAUAUCGUCGUCGCUGGACUGGGGCAUGGCGGAGCUGAUGCGGAGCCCGAGGGUGAUGGGCAAGCUACAGCGCGAGCUCCGAGAGGCUUUUCCCGGCAGGACGGCCAUCAGCGAGCGCGACAUCGAUGCAGGCAGCCUCCCCUACCUGAAGCUCGUCAUCAAAGAGAACCUCCGGCUGCACCCGCCGGCGCCGCUCCUGGUCCCCCGGGAGAGCAUCCACGCAUGCGAGCUCGGCGGGUACGUGAUUCCGGCGGGCUCGCGCGUCAUCGUGAACGCGUGGGCCAUCGGGAGGGAUCCGAGGUACUGGGGGGACGACGCCGAGGAGUUCAAGCCCGAGCGUUUUGCGGACAGCUCCGUCGAUUUCACGGGGAGCAGCUACGAGUUCCUGCCGUUCGGGGCUGGCCGGAGGAUGUGCCCCGGCGUCUCGUACAGCCUCCCCUUCCUGCAGAUGGCGCUCGUGCAGCUCUGCUACCACUUUGACUGGUCUCUGCCAGAGGGCGUCGCCGUGGUGGACAUGACGGAGGCGGAUGGCCUCGGCCUACGCCGUAAGUCGCCGUUGCGGCUCUGUGCCACACCAUUCGUCCCCGAGUCUGCGUGUUAAUAUAGGAGUACCUGCGAGUUUUUUUUUUUCCUUUUGAUUUCGUUGUCUCUGUUAUCUUUGUUCCCAAAUUGUUUAGUUAAUAACAUGCUUCUCUAGGUAAUAAAAGUCUAGUUCAUAACAUGCUUCUCUAGGUAAUAAAAGUUUAGUUCAUAACAUGCUUCUCUAGGUAACUUACAGUUACACGGUUGUGCAAUCCUGUAUCACUGAACU